AUGACUACUGACAAACGUGUAUAUACGGCUGAGGUAAAAUUGGUUCUGUUGGGCGAAUCUUCAGUGGGUAAAUCAGCCUUGAUCACACGCUACACUACAGGAACCUUUCGCAGGAACAAUGCUACCAUCGGAGCUGCUUUUACAACUAAGACUGUGACGUGGGAAGAUGACUCCAACGACAAAUGGCAGGUAAAAUUCGAAAUAUGGGACACGGCAGGUCAGGAGCGGUAUCGAUCUUUGGCACCCAUGUAUUACCGCAAAACCGAUGUAGCAAUCGUAGUAUUUGAUGUCGCGGAAGAGUCCACGCGAGCUAAGGCCGGAUCAUGGAUCGAAGAGCUAAAUACAUAUAUGCACGACCGCGACGAAUCUAACCCCAUUCUAAUAAAGCUAGUUGGCAAUAAAAUAGACUUAUUGGAUACACCGCCGUCUUCUUCGUCUAUUGAUUGGGUUCCAGUUAGCGCUAAAACAGGUUUUGGAGUCACAGAACUGUUUGAGUCUGUGGCUAAAGGUGUGCCAGCGUCAAAAUUCAUUUCUUCGGAUCCUUCCACAGCAGCAACCGUGGACUUGGAUACCCGACAAAGCGAAAGUUCAAGUUGUGGAUGCUAUUAA